CCAUUUUUGUGAAUGAAAGGCCAUUUUUGUCAAUCUACAUCUCCACAAGGGUUUUACGUAGGGUUUUGACAAACUCUAACAGAGAAAACCCAGCCCCUCCCUUCUCUGUGUCUCUUCAAGCUCCAUCAAUGGCGCUCCUUCCCCACCCAAACUAGGGCAAGGAAAACCCAUUCAAAAUCCCAACUUUACCCCUCAAUCCCAAUCUAUUUACCUCCUCCACCACCAAUGUUGAAGCUCCUCUCCUCCUCCUCGGCCCUCCACGGCAAGCUCCACAUCCUACCAGCGCUCCGACCCAGGUCCGCCGAAUGGACUAGUCCGCUGCUCAGGGUGCUGAGUUGUCUCGGGGGACUGACUCAAAGAAGCCUCAAUUCGGUGGGUCCGAGAGCGUUCUUCUGCUCGGACUCUUCGGGCGACGGGUCGGACCAGGUGGUCCACAUCGAGGUCAAGGCGGCCGAGUCCGACGCCGAGGAGGCCGAGCCCAAGUCAUCCUCGGCCAUCGUGUCCACGUAUCCGAGGCCCGAGGACUACCUCACGGUUUUGGCAUUACCGUUGCAACAUAGACCACUUUUCCCGGGAUUCUACAUGCCAAUUUCUGUCAAGGAUCGUAAAGUAUUAGCAGCUUUACAUGAAAGUCGAAAACGGCAAGCCCCAUAUGCUGGUGCUUUCCUUCUUAAAGAUGAGCCAGGGACUGAUCCCAGCGUGGUAUCUGGUUCUGAAUCCGAGAAAAACAUAUAUGAAUUGAAGGGAAAAGAUUUGUUGAAUCGUCUUCAUGAAGUUGGUACACUUGCCCAGAUUUCAAGUAUACAAGGUGAUCAAGUAGUCCUUAUUGGUCAUAGACGGCUUCGAAUCACAGAAAUGGCUAGUGAGGAUCCGCUUACUGUGAAAGUCGAUCAUCUCAAGGAUAAACCAUAUAACAAGGAUGAUGACAUCAUAAAGGCAACAUCAUUUGAGGUUAUAACAACCUUAAGAGAUGUCCUGAAGACUAGUUCCCUUUGGAGAGAUCAUGUUCAAACUUACACUCAGCAUAUAGGUGAUUUUAAUUUUCCAAGGUUAGCAGAUUUUGGAGCUGCCAUAUCUGGUGCGAACAAAUUGCAAUGCCAGCUAGUGCUUGAAGAGUUAGAUGUGUAUAAACGUUUAAAACUUACUCUUGAAUUAGUGAAGAAAGAAAUGGAAAUCAGCAAGAUCCAGGAAUCAAUUGCGAAGGCAAUUGAAGAAAAGAUAAGUGGUGAACAGCGACGUUAUUUGUUGAAUGAACAGCUUAAGGCCAUAAAGAAGGAAUUGGGAUUGGAGACGGAUGACAAAACAGCACUUUCUGCAAAGUUUAGGGAAAGGCUUGAACCAAACAGGGAGAAAUGCCCACCUCAUGUUAUGCAAGUUAUAGAGGAGGAGCUAACGAAGCUUCAGCUUUUAGAAGCCAGUUCGAGUGAAUUUAAUGUAACACGUAACUAUCUGGAUUGGUUGACUGCUCUUCCUUGGGGAAAUUAUAGCGACGAGAACUUUGAUGUCCUUCGGGCACAUAAAAUUCUUGAUGAAGACCAUUAUGGAUUAGCUGAUGUAAAGGAAAGAAUAUUGGAAUUCAUAGCUGUUGGAAAACUCAGAGGAACCUCCCAAGGAAAAAUAAUCUGUCUCUCUGGACCACCUGGGGUGGGCAAAACCAGCAUAGGUCGUUCAAUUGCUCGUGCCUUGAACCGUAAGUUCUUCCGAUUUUCCGUUGGAGGAUUAUCUGAUGUUGCUGAAAUCAAGGGACACCGCCGAACGUAUAUUGGUGCUAUGCCAGGAAAGAUGGUGCAGUGCCUUAAAAAUGUAGGAACAGCUAAUCCUCUUGUUCUGAUUGAUGAGAUUGACAAGUUGGGAAGGGGACAUGCUGGUGAUCCAGCAAGUGCAAUGUUGGAGCUUCUUGAUCCUGAGCAGAAUGCUAAUUUUCUAGACCACUACCUUGAUGUUCCAAUUGACCUAUCAAAGGUUCUGUUUGUCUGCACUGCAAAUGUUGUGGAAAUGAUACCCAAUCCUCUUUUGGAUAGAAUGGAGGUCAUUGCUAUUGCUGGAUAUAUUACUGACGAGAAAAUGCACAUUGCAAGAGACUUUUUGGAGAAGACUACGCGUGAAGCAUGUGGAAUCAAACCUGAACAGGUUGAAGUGACCGAUGCAGCUCUUCUUGCUCUGAUAGAAAACUACUGCCGAGAAGCAGGAGUUCGGAAUCUCCAGAAGCACAUAGAAAAGAUCUACCGCAAGAUAGCUCUCCAACUUGUUAGACAACGAGAGUCGAACGAACCGGCAGUUGCUGGAGUUCAGGUUGCAGAACCUGACGAAGCUGAAGUGGUUGGAAGUGAGACUAUAGCUGACCCCGUAGAACAUAGCAGCCAUGGACAAACUACUGAAACCUCUGUAGAAGCUGGCACGGUGGCAACGGACCUCCCAGCUGAUCAAUCUCAGUGCCCUGCUGCUCAACCUUCGGAUUCAGAGGAUGCGGCAGAAACCAAAGAGAUCCAGGAAAGUGAGGCAACCAAGACUAACGAGAAAGUUUUGGUCGAAGAAUCAAACCUAUCUGAUUUCGUUGGAAAACCUGUUUUCCAUGCUGAGCGUAUCUAUGAUCAGACUCCAGUUGGAGUUGUGAUGGGUCUUGCUUGGACUGCCAUGGGGGGCUCCACCCUGUAUAUAGAGACCUCUCAAGUUGAACAAGGAGAGGGGAAAGGGGCCCUGCAUCUCACCGGCCAACUUGGAGAUGUUAUGAAAGAAAGUGCUCAAAUUGCUCACACGGUUGCCAGACGGAUAUUGCUUGAGAAAGAGCCAGAUAGCCUUUACUUUGCAAAUUCCAAGCUUCAUCUUCAUGUUCCUUCGGGGGCCACCCCUAAGGAUGGGCCUAGUGCUGGUUGCACCAUGAUCACAUCCUUGCUGUCUCUUGCGCUGAAGAAGCCUAUCAAGAGGGAUCUUGCAAUGACUGGAGAAGUUACACUAACAGGGAAGAUUCUUCCAAUUGGUGGGGUUAAGGAGAAAACUAUAGCAGCAAGAAGGAGCGACGUAAAGACCAUCAUAUUCCCUUCAGCUAACAGGAGGGAUUUUGAUGAGCUUGCAGCUAAUGUGAAAGAAGGUCUUGAUGUUCACUUUGUAGAAGAUUAUGGUCAAAUAUUUGAUUUGGCUUUCGGUUAUGACCAGAAUACAGGAAAAUAAGCUGCUUGUGCCCACCAGUUCUUGACAUACAACUUAUUUUUCCUGGGAUUCUGGGUUGAGUUCUUUUUGUGACCCAAGCUAAGAGCCAAUCCCAGUUUUGUAGUAAAUCAAUUUUUCAUCCGGACGAUCUCAGGAGAUUUGUACAUUGCAUGGUAUGACAUGAUGCACCAUUAUUUACUUGUUUUCAUUCAUGUAAAAUCGACAUCGCCCAUUUGUAAGAAGUAUAGUAUUAUCUGAGGUAAGUGGCGGCCAAAAGAAGAAGCUAAUGACAGAUUGAUUUAUUCUUUGCCUGUUGUCGAUUAAUAUAUUUUGUUUGUAAGCUUUUGGGAUCCCUUUUUGGGAAAUGGGAUUAUACCAUAUGAGUGGAAAACAUGACAAGACAAUAAAUUUAAUGUUAAAAGUCUAGAAUUAGGGGGCAUAAAACCCCUCUAGUGCAAAGUAA